UGUCAAAACCAACCAAUGGCGUACCACGGCCAUGCCUUUCGUAGUCGUUCGUAAUUCGCAAAACGUAAAUCGCAAUCAGUCUUGCUAUUUCCUUGGAUGCGGGAAGGUUGUUAAAUGUUUUAACGAAAUAAUAAAUAUAAACACGUCAUAAAUUGAAUAAAACAAAAGUGAUAGUCAAAUGUGCAGUGAUGAAAAAAUGUGUGCUAAGUGUGGCGUGUAAUUUCAUGCAUUAGGAAUAUAAUUGUUUUGCUUCUGUAACAAUGAAUGGUAAACUGCAUAGUGGAAGUGGUGCUUUUUCAUCUGACGAUAUGCGCGCCGAAAUACUGAACCCGUUCGUCCACAAGUUGGAAUUAGACAACACGUAUGACAAAAUAAAGACGGCGAUCUUCACGGUGAUAUUGCUGCCGUUCCGCGUGAUCGUGAUCUGCUACCUGAUUGUGACUGCGUGGCUGCUCGCCUGCAUCGGACUCCAUGGGCUCAGCGAGGAGGACCUCCGGAGGGCGCCUAUGACCGGCUGGCGAAGCAAACUCCGCUUCUCCAUCCUCUCGUUGAUGAGGCUGGUGGUGGUGGCGGCUGGUUUCCACCGCGUGAGGGUCCUGGGCAAGCAGCACGCGCCGUCCAACGCCCGGGACGCGCCCGUGGUCGUCAUGGCCCCCCACUCGACCUUCUUCGACGCUAUUGCCAUCGUGUGUCUCGGAGCGCCGAGUGUGGUCGCUAAGGCCGACACUGCGCGCCUGCCAUUCAUUGGACAACUGAUCAACUACACGCAGCCAGUAUACGUGUGGCGAGAUGACCCCAACUCCAGGCAGAACACAAUCAAGGAGAUCAUCGAAAGGGCCACCUCCAAAGAAGACUGGCCGCAGGUGCUGAUAUUCCCAGAAGGCACUUGCACCAACCGCUCUUGUCUGAUCACGUUCAAGCCCGGCGGGUUCUACCCUGGAGUUCCUGUACAGCCUGUUACCAUCAGAUAUCCUAAUGCAAGAGACACUGUCACCUGGACCUGGGAAGGACCUGGAGCACUGAAGCUCCUCUGGCUGACACUGACGCAAGUGCACAGUUCAUGCGAGAUCGAGUUCUUGCCAGUGUACUAUCCGAGCGAGGAAGAGAAACGCGACCCGAAACUCUACGCCAGGAAUGUCAGGGAUGUUAUGGCCAAGGCUCUUGGCGUGCCGGUGUUGGACUACACGUACGACGACUGUCGGUUAAUCGCACGAGCUAAGCACCUCGGCAUCCCGGGAGCCGCCGCGGCCAGGGAGGUCAGCGAGAUACGGACACAGCUUGGCCUGGACAGGUCGCAGGCGGAGCUGCGGCUGGCGGCGGAGGGGGUCCCGGAGCGGUGCCGCUGGGUGUCGGCGGAGGAGCUGGCGGCGCGGCUGGGCGUGGAGCCCGAUGCGCGCCUGCACCGACUGCACCAGAUAUUCCUGCAGCGGUCGAGUGGGCUGGUGUACUUGCCGGACUACCUGCUGUGCGCCAUGUUCCUGUCGCUGCAACACGCGCCGCUCUCCGAGGUGCUCUCCUACGCUUUCAAGCUGUACGACCCGUCGCGGUGCGGCCGCCUGACUCCUGCGCAGUUCGAGGAGGUGGCGACGCGCUGCCUCGCGCUGUGCCAGGAGGACGCGCACAACACCUUCCGCCAGGCCGACACCGACGACAAGGGACACCUCACUUACGACGAAUUUAUCUCCUACGCUCAAAAGCGGGCGGAAUUCUCUUUCCUGUUCGCGAGCGACACCGCCCAUCACAAGCCGAAGAACCAGUGAGAGGAACAACACAUACCAACCGUAUGCAGUCAAGUGCCGUGAGCUACGAAGUGUUGGCAACACUGCGAUGACAGCUGUCAAUGUCAAUCUGACAAGCAUGUUGAAAAUCACUCUUGGAUUUAGAGAAAUGGACUGAUCUUGACUCGAACACGACAAAGAAGUUUUUGGCCGUAGGAAUAAAGAAAAUUACCGCAAUUGUAUUUUGAACAGUCAGUAAUGAGAAAAAUUAAUGUUCUAAGGAGUUUCAAUUCAUUUCUCUAUGUCAUAAGUGUGUUGAUUAUGUUGGCAACAUUGCUUGGUUACAACUGUCAAUGUUGGUAGAAUCGAGUGUAAAGUGUUGCCAGUUAAAAGUGAAAAGUCAUAUCGGUAAUAGGAGUUUUGUUAUGUUGUUUACUUGGCGAAUAAAUAUAAUUAUGUUGAGAAUUGUUUUCUACGCAUUUACAAUAAUUUAGGAGAUUAACGAAAAUACUUUUCGUAUUCUAUGUUUACCUGAUGGUAGUUAAUUUAUUUUACGCAACGUUCAGUGUUGCAACACUCAAUUAAAUUAUUUCCGAUAAUUGUAAUUAUAAGUAGUGAAACAAUAACCGUACCUUAUAAUAUUCUAGUAUUAUUUUAAGUAUUUUAGAUUGUUUUAUUUGUAUAGACAAUAUAUGAUGUUAAUUUGUUUUUUUGGUAAUUUUAUUUAAUGAUAUUUAUUUUCUGUUAAACAAUUGAAAAUAAAUGACAAAAUAGGCUCUGCUUAAUUUUAAUAAAUAGUUAACGAAGAUCAAUAUUAGUGAUUCCAUGUUGCUUUACUGUGAGGCAUAAUUUAAUAAACAAAUAUGUCUGACGAACAUCAAAUAGUAAUUAUUUAAGUCAAUACUUUAGUCAAUUUGUUAUCAUUCCAAAUGCUUGAAUAUGUUUAAUGUUACCCUACAUUUUGGUUACAUAGGGAGGUAGCGUAGCGGAUUUCGGUAGGUAUGUGAAAAUAGGUCAUUGUAAAUAUAGAUAUUAAUAUUAAGGCUUUAAUGUAAAGCGCCUCGAAGACGGUCAAACUGAUAUUCGGCUUGAUGUAAAACUGAUGAACUGUUUUAAUGAAUGAAAAAUUAAAUCGUAUUUUUAUAUGCUCAAUUACUGUUUCCAUUCAUUUUAUUUUACUUCCUAUGAUAAUAUCUUACGGUCCCAAUUCGCUUGACCGUCUUCGGGGUGCCUUAGGAAUUGAUUCCAUACGCGUUCCUCUAGGUAAUAUGUAGGAGUCUGUAUUUGUGGAUAUUCUUUGUUGUCCAAUUUAGGCUAAUAUUUAUAACAUCUACAACUUAACCAUUAAUAAAUAAUAUAUAUAACACAUCAUAUACAGAAUCAUUUUGAUGUGUUAAGAAAUGAAACCAUAUACUUGUCUUCUUGAGAACAACUCUACCAUAAAUAUUGUCACCGUAAAUAUAAUAGAAAAUAACUUGCAAUCAAAAUAAAAUUUAAUUAUUUUUUUUUAUCCCUAACUACUCUUACUAUGAAAUUGUUGGAGCAACAUCAUACUUUUAUAUUAUUCCAGAGAUAUAAUAUUAAAAAAAAAUAUUUUCGAAACAAAAUAAAAUUAUAUUUUUCAUGACCUUUCUCUACUAAUACUACUUUGAAAUAGUCAACAUCAUACUUUCAGUCAGAAAUAUACAGACACCAUAUUUGCACUUAACUACAAAAAGAUCAAAAAACUUAAACCGGAGUUUUUAGCGAAAAUAUUUGUUAUUCUUGGGUGAUUUUUGACACAAUGUUAGAGGUAAAGAUGAAUAUAUGGCUUCAUUUAGUAACGCAAUGUCAUAAUGACCCUGUAUAUGUCAAUCAUAGUUUUAUCUCUUCCUCUGACGUUAAAUGUCAACACGAUAAAAUAAAACACGAGACGACUUAUUUUUGCCAUUACCAUAGCAUUCGAUAUUUUAGUAUCUGAUUGGGUAAUUGGUCGACAUAAUUCAGAGAAGAGCCUUAUUAUAUUUCUUUAGUCUUUAUUUUAUUCAACUAUACUUGUCAGAGUCUCUAUGCCGUGAGAGGAAUAAAAUGUCAUCAGUAAAUAAAUAUGUUACAUUUUGAUCCUUCAGCCUUAGGCAAUAAGGUCUAUCAAAACAAGAAAUUUGCAUAAUUUGUUUAGUAACAACUACCCAUACUGCAUUAAAACAUGCACAUACAUUUAUAAGGUUCGCAACACAUUUCAUAAAUUAGGUUUAGAUUUUAGAGGCUUCCAAUGUUGCUAACAAACCUUUAAUAAUGUAGAUACAAGCUCCUUGACAAACUAUCCAUGUACAAGAAUUUUACAAUAAUUCGUAAAGCAGUUUCCAAUGAUAUUUAUAUUUUGGCUUUAUUUAGGCUUCCCAUUAAAUGUACAAACACUAUAAGUUUAGUUAUAAAUUGAUCAUGUAUAGUACGCCUUAUUCCAUAGCGUAGGUAUUUAUUGUUAGUGUUUAGGCAGCCAUUUUGAAUGUGAUAAUUUUAAGGCAUCUAGACGUGGCACGUAAUGUGUUUUAGAAAUUCAGCCUUAUGGGGAUAUGUUGAUAAGUAAAAAUGACUUUUAUCCUAUGAGUUAUAAGGUCCAUAUUUGUUGACAUUUAUAAUUAUAUAGUGCAAGUUUCCAUCUACUAGUAAAAUUAAAGGCAUCCUUAAAAGAAAACUUAAAUUAAUACGAUGUCAUGGCAAAGCUAGAAGCUAAUGUCGCGGAAUGACGUGUUUGCGGGGAUUUCAAAUUAGGGAUAAGCGAAAAUGGGCUUUAUUAUCUUGAAAAUAGGCCACUUAUCAACAUAUUUAAGCCAGGCUCAAAAUUACUAAGGCUAAGUGUCAAUAUCAAUGUUUUGUAUAGUCCAAUAAAAUUGUCAGUUUAAUUGAUAUUUUAUUAGAGUUUAGGCCAAUAUUGACAGUUAAGGUUCUUUGUUAAAUACUAGACGAAA